AUGUCAACAGAACAAACAAACAUUAAUGUUGUGGUGAGAGUGCGGCCCUACAAUCGAAGGGAGUUGGAACAGAACCAGCCCCAAAUUGUCAAGGUUUUGGACAACAACGAUCUCCUCUUUGAUCCCGAUGAAGAGGAUGAUGAGUUCUUUUUUCAAGGGACAAAACAGAACUAUCAGGAUAUUACAAAACGUGUCAAUAAAAAAAUCAGCAUGGAUUUUGAUAGAGUAUAUGAUCCAGAAGCCACAAAUCAGCAAAUUUUUGAGGAAUGCACAUCACUUUUGGUUGCUUCAGUGUUGAACGGAUACAAUUGUUCCGUGUUUGUUUAUGGUGCCACUGGAGCAGGGAAGACAUUUACUAUGCUUGGCAGUGAUACAUGCCCUGGUCUAACUUUUCUUACUAUGCGUGAACUAUUUGAAAAAAUACAAGUUCAAAGCACUACUCAUAAAUUUGAUGUAGGCGUAAGCUAUUUAGAAGUCUAUAACGAAUUAGUAAUGAACCUUUUGACAAAAACUGGACUAUUAAAGUUGCGAGAGGACUCGAAUGGUGUAGUUGUUAGUGGCCUCGUUUUAAAAGCAAUUUACAGUGCCAAUGAAUUUUUACAACUACUGGCGCAAGGAAACUCAAAUCGCACAGAAUAUGUUAUUGUCAAUCAGAAAAGCAAAAUCAAGAGUAUGAACUUUCGUGAGAAAUUGAAGAAGGAAAAUAUAGCUUACAAUACGCUACUUGAGCGGAAUUCCAUUAAAUCAGAGGAGAUGCUUACUGCUUCCACCUCUGGUUACAAUAAACAAAUUGCCAGGCUUGAAGAGGAAUCCACGCGCUGGCGCCGAAAGUUACAUGAUGCAAAAAAGGAUCUAGAAAAACUGAAACUAGAAAUAAAAGAAUCUAAAUAUGUUGAAAUUUUGAAAAAAUAUGAAAAGGGGAAAGACUUGGAAGUGCGUCAUUCAAAACAAGAUAUUAGCAUUAACCACAUAUCCGGCUCGAAGGAUCAUGUACGAAAACUCACCUUAUAG